AUAAAAACAUUGAAUUUCACGUUAAAAAAUCAUAAUAUAAUAUAUGUUAUUUUUUUUUCUGACUUCAAUUACAAUUGUUUUUUAUUUUUCUUUAUAAGUAACGAGGAGAGAAAAAAUCGAGCUAUAAUAUCUCCAAAUAAUGUUUUCCAUUUUUUGCAACAUAAUUCGACUGUAGCAAGAUGAAAAGUAACAAAACUGUAAUCAAAGAAAACUUCUUCUGAAUUCUUUUUUUAAUUACGAACCUGGUUUUUCCCAUUUCUCUUAAAAGAUUGCUAAGGACAGGCGAAGCGAAAUGAACAUACAUGUGACAAUGCAUAUGACAAUCAUUGUGAUAAUUGUAAAAAAUAGUUACUUUAAAUGCUGAUGGAAACCAACACUUUUUAUGAUGCAAUGUAACGGCAAUUAUCUUGAGUAAACUAAAACAAAAAAAACUUUUAUGAUUCUAUUCGAAAACUCAAUACGCCUCAUUGGAAAAAAAACUUAUUAUUUAUUAUGACCAAGAUGCCGCGCGGGAACGAGAAAAAAUACCUUCAAUUCCUUGAGUUAUAUAAAAAAGCAUAUUCAACACUUGAAAAACAAAAGCAGUAUCAGCAAGCACAAGAGUUGUGGAAAAUAGUAAAAAACAAUGAAUCCUUGUAUGAAAAAAAAAAAAUGAGUUAAAAGAGAAAGUAACAAAGUCGAAAGUAUCACUUAUGUCAUUCUGGGGAAAUACCAUUUCACCACCUAGCAAAAAGAAAAAAGAUAUCCAUCCAGCGCCGUCUUCGUCAAAUGAAACACGAAGUUUCCUAAAUGCAACUACGACAGAGCCUGCAAGGAUUGAAAUUAAUUUAACAGACAACAAAAAAGAAAGAGAAAAUCCGGCACAAGUUAGGAGUCGAAAGAAAAUCUCAGAUCUUGAAUCACAACGUGCAUCCUUGAUAGUCGUACGUGAUUCUGGUUUAUCUACCGUAACAAAGGAACAAAUAAACACUGUGAAAGAAACCAUAAGAAAAGAAAAAACAAAAUUGGACAGAUUGAUUCGUGAAUCAGCUCGUCAAAGAAAACGAAGACAAAAACUUAAAGAGAGCAUCGAAACUGUGUGUCAGAACAUCCCUGAAGCAUCAAGUGCUUUGAAACAGUUUAGUCGAAACCAUACUGGACGACCGCGUCUCGAAGUUGACCAACCAGAGCUUUUAUCAACAAUUAUAAAAAUUGUGCAAAAUUUAUCAGCAGCUGACGAACGUCGAAAAACAGAAUGUCUCCGUAGCGUCUCCACUUUAGAUGACCUUCAGGAAGAGUUGACAAAGAUAGGCUUUACCUUGAGUAGGAGUGGUUUGUACCUUCGUCUUUUACCACGACGUGGAAACACUUCUGAAGGAAAAAAACAUGUCAGCACAGUUCCAGUAAAGCUGUUACGUCCAGAAAACUCAAUGCGAAAAAAAAAUGACGAUAGAAUGUUUGCCAAAUCAUUCAUUGACGACAUGUUCGAAGUUUGCAAAUUGUUUGGACCAAAAGCUGUGCUUUUCAUUUCCAACGAUGAUAAAGCCAGGGUCCCAUUGGGUAUUGCUGCAGCAAGCCUUCAAGCGCCGUUGCUGAUGCAUAUAGAAUACAAGGUCAAACUCAUGGAUCACGAUUUUGUCGUUAGCUCACAGCACAAAUUGAUCCCAUCAGUAGAGCUUUUUAAAACCGAGUUGGUUAAACGUAGACCAAUUAUGUUAAUGGAGACUGAUGGAGCUCAGGAUGAAGCACCACGUUUCCCUAAAACCUUAGCAACUGAUGUUGACCUCUUUCGCUUGCUUAAUUUAGAUGCCCUUCUUCAUGGUGUGAAUGCAGCUGGCCUUUCAGCCUUUAACCCCGUAGAACGAAGAAUGGCACCUCUUUCUCGUGAUUUGGCUGGAAUAGUCCUUCCUCAUGAUUUUUUUGGCAAUCACCUUGAUUCUUCUGGAAAAACAAUCAACUAUGAAUUGGAGGUAAAGAACUUUCAAAAAGCGGCUGACGUUUUAUCCCAAGUUUGGAAGAAAACCGUCAUUGACGGGUAUCCUGUUCAUUGCCAGGCUGUACCAGUUGGGAAAGCAUAUGAACCACCAAUUCCAGAUCCUGUUUGGGUAGACAAACAUUGCAAUCACGAUACAGCCUACAAAUCGUAA